GGAGGGCUGAGUAUUUCACAGCAGUGCAGGGCUCUGAAGUGCCUUCUCCUCUUUAUUCUUCUGUCUAGGUUCAUGGCUAGAAUGUGGGUGCACUUCCUAGUCUUCCUGGUACUGAGCAGGACAGCCUCUUCUUUGCAAUGCCCUGAUGGGCAGAAAUGUGAAGGAUCGUCAACAUGUUGCAAGCUCCCUGAAGGAAAUAAGUAUAUCUGUUGCCAUCAGCCUCAGUUCACAGGAGCAUCCCUCCGCAUGUUGCCCCCAGAGAGCAGGAAUGAGGUAUCUGGUGUUGUGUGUCCUGAUGCUAGCACAUGUCCAGUGACACACUCCUGCCAGCUCAGCCUGAAUUCCACCUUUGCCUGCUGUCCUUGGAAGGAGGCCAUUUCUUGUGCUGAUGGCCACCAUUGCUGUCCCCUUGGCACCCACUGCAGCACUGAUGGAAGAGUCUGCAUAGAAAAUGAAGAUUCAACCUCUGCUGUCAUAGUCAGGGCUGUUCUGUGCCCAGAUAGCGAAUGGGAAUGCCCAGAUGGCUGCACUUGUUGCUUGAUGGCUGAUGAAUCUUGGGGAUGUUGCCCAAUGCCAGAGGCAUCCUGCUGUGCAGACAAGAUACACUGCUGUCCCCAUGGCACAACUUGUGAUCUAGUUGAGGCACAAUGCCGUGAAACUUUUGGGGAACAGCCUCUUUCAAAGAAGUUUCCAGCAAAGAAACGGACCCUGGCGUCAAAUCUGACUCAAAAAAACAUCUGUCCUGGUAAUCACUCUUCCUGUCCAGAUGCUGCCACUUGCUGCCUGCUUCCAACUGGCCAAUAUGGUUGUUGCCCUUUACAAAAUGCUGUGUGCUGCAGUGACCACCUUCACUGUUGUCCACAGGGCACUCAGUGUGACCUGAAGCAUUCCAUAUGCACCAUGACACCUGAGGGGUCAUGGCCCAUCACCCACCUCACUGCAGGUCUCCAGACAGCUCACGAUAUACAAUGUGAUUCAAAAUUUGCCUGCCCAGAUGGAAAUACUUGCUGCAAGAUAACCUCUGCUUCUUGGGAAUGCUGUCCACUGGAGGAGGCCGUAUGUUGCCCAGAUCAUACCCAUUGUUGUCCAAAGGGCUACCAGUGCAAUUUGUCAGAAGGCACCUGCCUGAAAGAUGGCCAAAGCAUUCCUUUGGUGUCAAAAAUAGACACGAGCUCCACAACAACCUCAAACAUAGAUUCAAGCUCCACAACAGCCUCAAAAAUUGACUCAAGCUCUACAGCAUCUUCCAUAGGCCAAAUGGUCCAGUGUGAUCCCUACACAGCUUGCCAAGAUGGCCAGACUUGUUGUCAGCUUAUAACAGGUGCUUGGGGAUGCUGCCUGUUGACACAGGCCACUUGCUGUCAGAAUCAGAUUCACUGCUGCCCCAGUGGUUACAUCUGUGAUUCAUCAUCGGGCACUUGCCUAAAAGAUGGAGAUCGUAUCCCUUGGGUGGAGAAGAUAACAGCAGUUGUUGGAAACCUCCCUUCAAGCAAAGAUGUGAAGUGUGAUGACCGGUUUAGCUGUGCAGAUGGACAAACAUGCUGCAUGCGUUUGGGAGGCUGGGCAUGCUGCCCCCUCUUUCAGGCAGUUUGCUGUGAGGAUCACCAACAUUGCUGCCCCUCUAGCUAUACCUGCAAUGUGGCAGCCCAGUCUUGUGAGAAACGGCACUGGCCAGGCCCCGUUGCUGCUGCAGGGGGGCUGCUGAUUUCCUCGCAAACUGCUGCAUCCAGUCAGGAUGUUUUAUGUGAUGAACAACACUAUUGCCACGUGGGCCAGACCUGCUGCAAGGCCAAGAGAGGUGGCUGGGCCUGCUGCCCAUAUGAAAAGGGAACCUGCUGUCAUGACGGGCGCCACUGCUGUCCUUCUGGCUUCUAUUGUUUUCUGUUUGGAUUUCAGUGCUACAAAAAGAAGCCUCUCCGUUGGGACACUGGCACCCUCUCCCCACAUUCUAUUGAAGCCCAUGUUCUGCUUUGAAGUGCCUUUUUGGGUGGAUUUGCUCAAGGCCUUGGGUUACAGUGAGCUGUUUCAGGAAGAGAGGCGUAAGAUGAACCAGGGCCGCUUUUGCCAAAUUGCUAUUCAAAUCCUAAAGGAUGCCUUCUAUUCUACCCUUGCCACCACUAUGGGUCAAAUAGGCCAUAUUCACUUAUAUUAAGUCAAUCCUUUUACUUCUAUACUUCCCCCCUCCUUUCCAUCCAUGAUUCAAUGUCCUGUUCAGCCAUGAAGGCUAUAACCUGGAAUCUGAAAAAGCCACCAUCCUGAGAUGGUGAAGACUGAAGACUUCAUGGGCGCAAUGUCUCUGUCAUUCCUUAACCUUGAAAGAGGGGUGUUUCAAUGUACUUUCCAAAAAAAGAAAAAAAUGUAAGAUUGGCAGAUGAUUUUGCCACAUUGCCCCUUCCAGCCCUGUCCCACCUCACCCCAUCCUCUUUCCACUUGGCCUAGUGUAUUGCUCUUUAUUUUCUGGAUGGCAUCACCUGAUUUCUGAAGAGCAAAAGUGUCUCCUUUUUCUGGUAGUGUUUGCAAAAUACAGGGAUGCUAAUUGUCUGGAUGAACCACUGCAGGUGUCCUCAAUCACUUUUGCUUAAAGAAGGGCUGCCCAGCCACCCUUUCAUGAGGUAUAAUGGCAAUUUCUACUUUCUUCUUAAGAUCUUACUCUUUAUUUAUAAGCAGCCUCCAAUUUUUAGAAAGGCUUAGCAUUUCUGCAAGGAGGUGUAAGCUUGUUUCUGAGUCAAGUAACAGGCAUUUGUUUCGUUUCAGUUGAUAACGUGGAUUUUGGCACCUGAGCAAUUGGUAGGGAAGAUGGUAGUCUUUGAUUAUCUCUGUGUGUUGUCCUGUGAUCUCCCAUGCAGAAUCAACAAACCUGAUGCUGCUCCCUCCCUUUGUUUUUAACAGAGGAACUUCAACUUACACGUGACAGGUGCUUUCUCUAUUACCAGACCUUGAUGCUAUGUUGUAUGGAAAAAUCAAAU